GUUCGGUGUUUUGUUAAAGGUCAAGAGACAAGCACAGAACAAUUCUUCAACACAACACGGACAAUGUUGCUUCUCACCGGUCUCCCUCCAAAUGAGCACGCCUGCCAGGUUCGCGCUUGGACUAGAGUCGGACCAGGCCCUUGGACUCAUCAGAUUGCAUUCCUUAUCGGCCAAAGAGGGUUUUAACUCAGUAUACUGA